CUCGGUUCUUGAGUUUUUUAAGUGUGUGUUUGAUGUUUUUUUGUGUUUUUGUGCUUCUUGUGUUAUUAUCUUUCGCUGAGGAUUAACCGUUGAGGGAUGUUUUUAAAAAGAAAAACAACAUAAGCAUCCUCUUUUAACAAAAGUAUGAACUUAAGUCAAAUGCCGGAAACUGCAAGAACAGCCAUUCAUUUGUCGAAACCGGAAAUGGAAUCUCCCAAACUGAAAUUCGGAAUAGAUCGUCUAUUGUCCAAUACCACUGACUCGUCGACAAGAGACCAAUGCAAAUCGGAAAGACCCCAUUUCAUAGCCAACAUGAUCGAGACGAACGUCACCAAGCCGCUACCGACUUUGACUGUACCUUGUUCGGAUUGUGUCAGCUCUAUCUUCAGAUGCUGCAAAUUGAGCCCAAAUCGUCAGUUAGAAGGUAUGGAAAAUUUAAAUUCUCAAGCGCAAGAUCAUUUACCAGGGUACAUGGGAAGUCACAAUUUUAGAAAUACAACCGGAAGUUAUAGUAUGCAACCCAUCAGGCCUUUUGCCACCAGACCAAAUAUGAGGAUACCAGUGCCCCCUACCUCAUCAUCCCCUCCCGGAAUGUCAUCAAACACCCACAACAAAAGAAAACGCUCGUGGUCCAGGGCCGUAUUCAGCAAUUUGCAACGAAAGGGCCUCGAACGAAGAUUUCAGCUGCAAAAAUACAUAACGAAGCCCGACAGACGGCAACUUGCGGCAACUUUGGGCCUGACGGAUGCACAGGUAAAAGUCUGGUUUCAAAACAGGAGGAUGAAAUGGAGGCACACGAAGGAGAGCGGAAAGUUGGGGGAAAUACCGGCCGAUUCGACGCAAGACGAUUUUCAUAUCGAUGUGGACACGGUUUCCGAUGAUGUGGACUGAUUUUUAGUAUUUUGAUUUCUU